AACAUCGAAUUCUCGAGUGUAUGAGUAUAUCAACAAAACAAAAAAAAAAACAAAAAAUAGAUUAAAAAUAAAAGUAAAUUGAAUUCCAAUUACACAUUUGCUUUUAACAACUAUUGAAACAGUUUAGAAGAAUCUCAACAAUGGGUCAGGAUUGGCAGCAUGAUUUCAAUGAAAUUAAAGGGCGCGGAUUGCAUUUGCUGCGUACUGAGAAGUGGGCAGAUUGUCGUUUCCUUGUUGGUUCUCCCCCGAAUCAGAAGAGUAUAGCUGGCCAUAAAUUAAUCCUGGCUAUGGCAUCGCCGGUUUUCGAAACAAUGUUCUUUGGCCAUUUAGCGGACAAGGACGAUCCUAUUGUGAUUCCAGAUGUUCAGCCAGAGGCGUUUGAUGCCAUGUUGGAAUAUAUAUAUUCGGACAACAUUAAUAUUAAAUCCUUCGAUAAGGCUUGCGAGUUAUGCUAUGUGGCUAAGAAGUACAUGUUACCGCAUGUGGUAGAGCAAUGUACUCACUUUCUUUGGGCCGAUUUGAGUCCAAAGAAUGCGUGCAGGGCAUACGAGUUUGCUAAAUUGUUCGAUGAGCCAAGGCUAAUGCAGAGUAGCAUGGAAUUAAUCGCGGAUAAUACACGAGAAGUUUUGGAAGAUCCUAGUUUCACGGACAUAGAAGUCUCAACCUUAAUGGCUAUUUUGGAUCAAGACAAAUUAAACAUUGACUCUGAAUUGGAUUUGUUUAAUGCAUUGCUUCGAUUUGCAAAUGAAAGAAGUGUUUUUCGUGAUGACACCAUGCUCGAAAUAGGCGGGCGUAGUGAUCAGAAUACAGCCGCUAGUGGGGGAGGGAUUAUCCCUGUUGAGGAAAUUAAAAUGGAACCGGACGUCAAUGCCAUGAUGCAAGGACACGAGGAGGAAUAUAAUGAAGAGAAUAACGAUGGCAGCUUUAAUCACCACGAAUCACCAUCACCAGACGUAGUGGUUGUUGACAGCGACGCAUCAGUUUCGAAUGAUGGGGAACUGCCCCGGAUUCCGAACAACGAUCAACCGUCAACAUCGGCUGCUGCUGCAGUGGCAGCUGGUGCAAGUAUAAAUUACCUUAUGGAAACUCAACGUCAUGUUAUAAAUGAAGACAUGCUGCGACAAGCUGUCAAAAAGAUACGAUUUCUUACAAUGACUCCUCAGCAAUUUGCUGAUGGCCCAGCUCGCUCGAAACUUUUAAAACAACAUGAAGCUCUAGCCAUUCUUAUUGAAAUUUCGAGCCCAUCUGUUAACGACUGUCCUAUGCCAGAGGGAUUUUGUAGAUCUCGUUGCAGCCGAAAAUAUUACGAACAGCGUAGCAACCAACGUGAUCUCUCUUCAUAUCGCCAUUCUCUCCAGCCUACCGGAAGUGGUAAUAUAUGCAAUUUUACCCCCAUGGACUCAUCUAUGGAUCAUAUUCCUAACCAAGUUUUGGCUUCUGGUCGCAAUCAGUGCAACAUACUCCCAGUAACAAAUACAAAUCCACUGAUGGCUAGAGCUCAGGCGGGAAUUCCACUGGUUGCUCCCGUGAGUGAAAGUGAUUCAGUGACUAAUGAUACACGUCGUUCGUACUGCGUAUGUACAGGAAGCCCCCAAUUCCAUUAUCGAAAUAACAGUGUUAGUGACUGUGGAUUGACAUUUCGAGUAGACACUAAUAUUUGGAUAACAGGUGUUCAAGUGCCUACACAAGUUUUGUGCGGGGAAUUGAUGAAUUCGGCUGGAUUUUCUGAAAGGUAUGCUGAAAUACUUUAUGCUCAUUUGCAGGACAUUCAAGGAUCUCGUCUAAGUUACACCCACUGCACUUCGCGUGUACGCUAUGACUCGCUCUUGGAAAUAUCUUUUGACAGCCCAGUAUACAUCUAUCGAAACCAGAUAUAUAAGGUGUUCGUUGUGUUUAACAAAAUUGGGUGGUAUCCAAUGUACAAUUCAGUUCUCGAUGUCGAAUGUAAUCGCGUUAAAUUCUCUUUUAACGUUGGUGAUCCAAGUGAAUCUGUACGUUGUGGUCUUAUAAGGGCUAUUGUUUUUUCAACGCCACAAGAAUACACCAGGCAUAUAAUUGAAUGAAGCGUAUAAGUAGCACUAUGUAUGUGGUAUAAAAUAAUUAUAACUUUUAAAUGCAAUAUAAGCACACAAUUUUUUUUGGAAAAAAGUAUUUAAAAAACAAACACAAACUGACGUAUUUCCUAAUUUGUCUUUCCGUUAGAUUAAGUAUUGAUUUCGACUAUAUAGUAAAUAUUGUACAAUUAAUCGCAAGAGCGUUGCUACUUGAUUAACACAACAAA